AUGAUGAAGUCACGGAAGUUCUCCUUCGACAUACCGCGCCUAAAGAUUGGGCCCUCCAAGGCAGACAACAAAGCACUGAAGGACCAUCUCGCGGUUCAGCUAGACUCGCCUCCACCCACGCCUAAAAGCGUCCGACCACCACUCACGCCGCAUGUCGAGGCUGAGCUCCGGUCAGCGUGCGCCUAUGUCUUGCAGAACUUCAAGCCGUCUCACAUUGUCUUCGACGAGAAACAUGGCGCACCGCAGAAGCAGCAGCUGGACUACGCCGCGGUCAAGGGCCAGACGCAACGAGAUGUCGACGUCUCCGCACCGAUCUUGAGCAAGAUCAGCUCACGCAAGCAAGAUGCUGUAGCGUUGAUCAUGAAAGGCAACGACAAAGAGCCGGACAAUGUCAGCUCGGACAAGUUCAAAUACAAGCCAGCCGCCGUGACAGCGGAGCUGUUCAAGGAGCAGGACACGGAGGAGCUGGAGCGGAAGAAGGCGUCACGGAAGAGUGCGAUGCUACGAGCUGAGCAGCUCAUGAGGUCUGAUGCAUCGAGCGCUGCAGCCAUACCAGUACUCGAACGUACCGACUUGCACCAGCGUUCUGCUUCGAGUCCAACGCCGGCAGCAGCGCUCAUUCCGCCAAAGCCCGCCAUGCCAGAACGACCUUGGACGAUUCCGAGAGCAGAUUCAGUUGAAACGUCUGGCUCGACGCCGCAGACCGAUACUACGGACUAUCCAUGGUCAGAGAAGAAUUCGACCGGCAUGACAUCCGCUGCACUGACACCGGCUCGUAGCUCGAAGCGAACGUCUACACAAGCGUUGCAAACUGGAUCCGAGAGCGGCAGUGCACCGAAAGCAGACCCUGCUGGAGCAGAUUGGAUGCGCAUCGAGUUGGAGAAGCACAAAAAGGCGCACGAGGAACGAGCCCGAGAGAGCAAUGGCCAGAAUGAUUCUUCGGCUACGGAAACCACGCCAACGCAGGUCUCAACACAAACAGCGACGACCCCGGUUGCGAUCAAGAUGCCGUCACGAAAGCCAGUACCUCACUCUCGAGCUGGAAGCAGCCACGAGCAUAUACAACUUCCAGUGCGAGUACAGGAAAAAAUAAGCGGUGAUCAGCUAUCAGCGUCGAAACGCCACACGCCUGAACAGCGGAAGUCCUAUACACCUAGCCGCCAGGAUUCAGAAACGAUGACCGCACCGAGUAGACAGGCACCACCUGUACCGCCACAUGCAUCUUUAGAACGAGCGCCAAGCAGAGCUCGUAGCAUAAGUCGAAAGGUGCGGGAAUAUGUGAGGUCAACGUCUCGACAGCGGUCAGAGAAACCAGAAGGGCUGUCUCGCGCUCCUAGCAGGUCAGGUCGUGCCGUACGGCAGGUGAAGGAGUACAUGCGGCCAGGAUCCACUACGGGGAGUCGUAAACCAAGUGUCGAUUUGGGCAGUCGAUCCCACUCAAUUGACUCGUUCAGAACGUCGCACUCACACGCGGCAGCUUCUGAUGAAGUAGAUGGCGACAAGAAGACACGAAAUUGGCGACCAUUCCACCGCAAGCAAGAGAGCAGGGAUACGAGUAGACCUGGCACCUCUGGUUCUCAGAGCGAGGAUCGUGGCCGAGCGCCUCGACGAGACGUACAGGAAGCAUCAGUGGCCAGCAUGCCCACGGUAAACCUGAAUCGAGAUCUACCACCGCUUCCUGGACUAGACCAGUGGAAGGAUGAAGAGGUGAUUCAAGAUGAGACCAAAGAGGGAUUGCACCUCGAAACACCUAUGUCACCGCGGUCCCAGAAAUGUCAGCCUCCACGACACGAAGCAGCGCCAGUGAGCAAACAGCCUGACAUAGGAGAGCGCGAUGAGAUCCUCGCAGCGCGCAUGGGAUCACCCUCACGAGUGGCACCACCACCACCGACAGCACCUCCACCAGCUCCACCGAUGAUGAGUGCCAACUUCUCGACCAUCAACGACUUCAGCUACGACACCUGGUCGUCUUCACCGAGCCUAGCACAUUCGAAUAAAUCCAGCAAGCACGAACGACAACGAAGUAAGACCAUACAAGUAUAUCAGCCUACUGGCUCACCACAAGCCGCACCAGUCAAGAGACCACCCGCCGGAGAACGCACGGCUUCUGCACCGAAAGUGGAACAGGCCAGCCUCGGCCGCGGCUUCUUACCAGGUGGUUUGAGCAGGAAAGCUAGCAGGGUACGGCAGGUGGCCAAGACUGCGGAUCACACUCCAGCAGCUCAUUCGCGGAAUGCUAGUAACGGAAGUAGUGUACCGAACAAGCUCAGUAUGGACGACGCGGCACGAAUGAACGACAUUCGAUAUCAGAACCUGGCCGAGAUCGCACUUUCGAACUCGAACACGCCAUCACAAGACGCAGCAGCGAAGGAGAAGGCGUCGAAAGGGAAGUGGUGGCAGAGAAGUAAGGACAAGAAGUCCGGAAAUUGGAUGGAUCAGGUGGUGAAGAGCGGAUCUCAUGGCGGAGUCCUGCUUACGGAUGAUGCGGCGGGUGCUCAGCCCAUCGUGAAAUAUUAA